AUGGAGUAUGAAAGUGAUAUCAAGCGCUAUAAUGAUAUUCUACAGGAAGAUCGAGUUUACAUAUUUUUGGAUGACCUUGAUGAUCGUCUUGAUAAGGCUCGAAGUGAUGUUCUUCACAUGACUCCAUUCCCUACUGUGGACCAUGCUUAUGCCUAUGUUCGCCGUGAAGAUGUUCGACAAGCUGUGAUGAUGGGUUCAUCUGCACCCACUGGCACUGGCUUAACGGCCAAGAGUGUGCCUCGAUCAGGUCCCCCCACUCAUGCCAGACAACCCCAUAAUUCCUCUAUUGCGGCCCACCUUUAG